UGCAACAUGUAUGAAUAAAAUUCUAAUUUUGUAUGCUAAGCAUGAUUUCAAUUUCUUUACUUAUAUAGAACUAUGUGUAGAUAAAGAAUAGAAAUAUACGAAUUCUAAAAAUAUUUCACUUACCAUGAGUUACAUUCGACAAAUUCCAACCGAAGAAUGCCCUUUAACAAAAGAAAAAGAAAAAUGCUCCAUAAGUGAUUGCUGUGGAUUCAGAUCCAUUACGUGCUCGUUUGUAGGACUUACAAUUGUUAUUACAAUUGCACUAUCUCUUCAGUUAGCUUAUGAUAGUAAUGCAUUUCAGAGAAGAUUAAACGUCCAUGGAGCAGUUGCUACAGACUAUACAAAUUGUUCUCAAAUUGGCACAAAAAUACUUUGGAAAGGUGGAAAUGCUGUUGACGCUGCCAUUGCUGCAACUCUUUGUAUGGCUGUUGUAGCACCAUAUAAAACCAGUCUAGGAAGUGGAGGCUACAUUAUGAUUUACAGUCAUAGAGAUAGAGAAGUUCCUAAGUUGAUAGAUUUUUUGAGUAAUACUGUACCUGAUGAAUUCUUGUUACAUAAAAUGAGAAUCCCCUCUAUGCUUCGUGGAUUACAAUAUGCACAUACUUUGUACGGAAAAUUACUAUGGCAAGAGGUUGUUGAACCUGCUAUCCAGUUAGCACAAGAUGGAUUUGAAAUUUCAAGAGACUUUGCUCAUGAAGCUGUCAUAAAUGUAAAUUUAAAUAUAUUUGGACGUGUCAAUGCUGGGGAAAAACUAACAUUGCCUACUCUUGCAAAAACUUUGGAAACUGUAUCAAAGUUUGGAGUAAAUGAUUUUUACAAUGGAUCAUUAGUCAAUCAAAUAUUUUCAAGUAAGAAUGUGAGUGAAAAAUUGUUGGAUGAACUAGCAAAUUAUAAGCCAGAUGUCAUUUUAGCACAAUCAUCAAAUCUUCUUCAAUAUUCUAUUUUCUAUCCAUCAAAUUGGAAUUUAAUAAAACCAAUUGUAGAUAAACUAAACGAGUUAAACAUUUCAACAGAAAAUGCAUCAUCAUUUGAAUCUGAGAUUAUUGCUGCUGAAACAAUGAUAAAACAAAUGCAUCAACUUAAAAACCCAUUCAUCAAUACUACUGAAACUAGAAAGUACACAAGUGUUUCUGUAGUCGAUUGGCAAGAUACUUAUGUCGCAGUAACAACAGGACUGAAUGAAAUAAUAAACUUAGCUUAUAAAACUGAUGCAGGAUUUUUUUUUGACACUUUUGAUGACAAAAACUCAUUGUUAUCAUUAUCACCAAUAAUAUUCUAUGACAGUAAUACUAUAUGUGGAUUACGAGGCAUUUUUGGCGUUGACGAUGCUUUGGUUGCAGGCCAAAUCCUUUUCAAUUUAAUUUUGCGUUCAAUGAGUGUUUCUGUAGCAGUAGAAUAUCCUAGGUAUUAUUUGCUGCUUGAUGGAAUUGCAAUAGAGAAUGAUGAUAGACAUUCAAGUAGUAGACUUCUCAGAGAUAGUUUAAUUGCUAUUGAUUCAGUAUCUAAAGUAGAUGCUAGAAUGCUGAUGAAAAGUGUAAAUAUUAUAAUUAAACGCAAAAAUUUUAUUACCGCUCAUUCCGACAGUAGAGGAGAUGGUUUAGCUUCAAGAUUUUGAAAGUUUCAAUUAACAACAUAUUUCAUAUGAUAUUUUACACUAAAGAAUGAUAGGAAUUAUCCUAUAUAUCCUAUAAUAAUUUGAUAAGUUAAUUAAUGGUGUUCAGAAUGUAUUAUCAAUAAUGUACAAAACUAAUUAAUUCCGUCCAAGCUGUUUAUAUAAAUA